GCGUUCACAUGGCGAGCAAGGAUGAGGAAGCUGAGCAGCAAAAACUUUGUGAACCCUUCGAGGAAGAGAAACAGGUGAGAAACCUUGAUGAGUUCAUCACACUGGGAUGGUAUUGCACAUUGGUUCUUUUCUCAGCUGAAUUCAUGACGUUGACAUCUCUGUCUAGUAUGGUUUAUAUGGUCUAUGCAGGUAUAUCUCCUACCGUAACUGGAUGUGGCUCUGUGGUGUUCAACUCCUCUGCUGAAGCUUGUGAAAACCUAUCCGCUUUACGUAAAGCUUUUAACUGUGAACCUGUAAUCGAAUACCAGUUCAAAUCUGUAAAUGUUGAGUUCGAUCUCUUAUGUGGAGAAAGUUAUCUCGUCAAAUACAGUAUCUCGCUGCAGAUGAUUGGCGUUUUGUUCGGUGCUCUGAUCUCCGGUCAACUCAGUGAUCGAUAUGGUAGGAAAAAGGUGCUGAUCGUAUCACUUAUCGGUGUGAGCUUCUUCUCAUUAGCUACAGCAUUCGUGUUCAAUUUUCUUCAAUUCACCGUUUUACGAGUUCUCGUCGGACUAUUCACAGGCGGGUUAAGCGCUGUUCAAGGAGUUUACUUGAUUGAGAAUAUACCAAAACGUCAUCGUAUGUGGAUCAACACUAUCGUGACAUGGUCACCAAAUUUCAUCAUUUACCCACCCAUCGUCUAUUUCUGUCAUGACUGGAGGAUACUUUCAUUAUUCACAGCUUUCAUAUCUUUUGUGGCUACGGUGAACAUGCUGUUUCUGAAUGAGAGUCCACGAUGGUUGAUUCAACAUGGAAAAUUUGAUCGAGCACGAAAAGUGCUGGCUCACAUGCGCAAAAUGGAUGGAAAGACUUGCGAGAAAGAAGCUGAAGAUAUAGAAGCUAUGCUAGUGCACGAACAAGAUAUGUUUGAACAAAAACAACAAAAGCGCAAGAAUUACAACUUCUAUCAUUUGGUGUCGACGUGGAAGUACUUCAAAUGGACUGUUACUGUAUCUCUUGCAGUAAUAACUGCUUCUCUGGUAAACUAUGGUCUCCUUUUCAACAUGGAAAAGCUUUCAGGAUCACUUUAUUGGAAUAAUGCUAAUUUUGGUGCUAUACGUUGGGCAGUCAAUAUCUUUGUUGGUGUAAGCGAUUAUUUCUGCAAAUUUGUUGGAAGAAAGGUUAUCAACAUGGGGGCGAUGAUUUUGAUAAUGGCAGCACUUGCGAUUGUUUGUAUUCUUUAUUCGCAAGAUUUACAAAAAGAGGAAGCAUGGGUGAUUCGGUACUGUACGAUUGGAGUGACAGCCAUGACAAGUCAGCUGUACAUUGCGACAUUUAUGAUCACUAGUGAGCUCUUCCCUACUGCUGUCCGGAACAUCGCCGUUUCAGCACUUUCUGUCGCGAGCAGAGUUGGAACGAUUUUUGCCCCACAGCUUUUCUACCUGGCUGAAAUCUGGCCGGUCUUGCCCUAUUUGCUGCUUUUGGUGCUAUCAUUUCUUGACUGUGUCUGUUUCCAAGUCUUCCUUCCGGAAACCAAAGGAACAAAUUUGGAAAAUCAUAUGCCUGCGAAAAAGAAGCGGAUACUAAACAGGAAGCAAAGUAUACUCGAAGAAUAAACAUAGUGC